GAAACGCGGCGGGAGCAUCAGCGCUUUAUGGAGCGACUGAAAGGCCGGAGUGCAGAGGACAGAGCUCGCCUCCACCAGGAGCACGCGGCUUACCUGGCGGGAACGAGAGAGGCUGACGCUGACUUCGGCGACGUCCAGGAUCCGGAACCAGUGCCUGCAGCCAAGCGCACGACCUCCCGCGUAGCGCUGCGACCCCCCGUCGGCAAGAAUGUGUCGUACCUGAGGGCCCAACGGCAGCAUGUGGUGCAGACGCAGCAGGCUAUUGCAGCGAAAACGAUUGCUGGAUCUGGAAAGAAGCGCCUGGUCGCGCGCAAAAUGACGGGCGACGAAGAAGAUGACGACUACUACCCUGAAGAGGACGACGACGAGGACGAGGAUGAAGAGGGUGAC